GGACACAGGAGAGAUUUGAGCCUGCGACGACGAGGAGCUCGUAAUAACGAACUACUAACAGACCAAAUCUUGAAACAAAUGCCUGAAUCUCACAGCAGAGCCCGUUCUCUCUCUGGCGAUCUCGACGACUCCGACCUCGAGUCGCAUGCCGACGACGCCCAAGGUCCCUCCAAGCCAGGCAGAAAAAAAAAUCCAAACUCCCAGGCCGCACGCAGGGACCAGAAUCGCAUUGCCCAGCGCGAGUUUCGUCUGCGCAAACAGCAGAGAAUCCGUGACCUCGAAGCCCGCGUCGAGCUUCUCUCAGGUUCACAAGAUGAAGCCCUCAACGACAUGCGUGCAAUAUGCAAAGACCUAAUGGCCGAAAACCAGACCCUCCGUAACCUCCUCAAGUCUGUCUCAGGCUUCAUCUCAGAAGGCUUUGGUGGCCUUCUUCCCAAACUUGGCUGGGACCUUUCCGAGUUUAACACCUUUCUGAAUAAAUCAGAAACUGACACCGCAUGGGAGAGCUUUCAACGUCGCAAACACUCUCAUUCUACCACCCAAUCCACGGGUGCCAUGUCUACUGUCUUGGGGCCUCCCUCCACAAAGCGUCCAGCCCCCGAGGAUGACCACAUCACAGGCGGCAAGAAACCCAGACGCAUGGGCGGCUCAGAAGAUAAAGACGACCCGCACCAGUCCGCCCACGACAAAUAUUCCCUUCUCGUCCCCCUCAACCCCACGGUUCCCUCCAACAACCUUUACUCCAGCAAUGCGCGCUCUCCACACGACUCCUCACUCACUCACUCCUCAAACUCCAACUCGACCUCCACUUCAAACACUAUCUUCUCAGAUCUCAUGCGCAAUACCGCAGGCUCUCCCAUGUUCAUCCAGCCCUCGCCUCCCUCCAGUACACCUUCGCAGUACGGCAACACCUCCUCCGGACCACCUCCCUCUAGUGCUAAUGUCAACGGUGCCUAUCAUCCUCAAGGACCUUACAUGCCCCCUCUUAACAUGAACCUCGAACAAAGUCUCCCGUCCCUGUCCUUCCCCCAGAGUGGAGGAGCUACAAAUGGCGGUAACUCUCAGAGGAUGACACCUCAAAACCCACUUUCUAACGACCCCCAUGAUACCGACGACAGCUCCAACAGGGGUGAAGCACUCAAACUUAUCACUUAUCACCUCGACAACUUCAAACGCAACAGUGCAUACUGCCUUCCCUCCUCCCUUCGCCCUACCCUCGUUCAACGAACCGUCCCACAUGAAAGCGUCAUCGAUCGUAUCCUACAUCCCGAGCUGCGCGACCGCAUGAUUUUGUUACGUGGCCAAUUUGUGCUCAUCGACUGUUUAUUCGACUAUAAAAGGAAUGUGACCAUCCACGGAGAUGACGUUCUCGCACAUAGUAACUGGGAGAUUGGAGAAUCAUGGUUGCGGAAAUACGGAUACCUAGUUGACAAUGCGACGCUGUCCAUAUGUAACCGUUGGCGCCGCGAGCGUGGAGAGACGGAGCUACGUCCGGCAGAUCUGUCGUCGGAUCAACAACCGCAUCAGCUGCAUUCACAUCAGCAGCAGCAGAGUCAGCAGCAGGGGAGGGAAGCGUAGUGAGGGCAUCGGAUACUAUUGAUUGUUGGCGUGCGGUGACAUCAGAUGGCCUCAGACGAGAGGAAAGUUGAGGGAUGGGAGACAGGAAACGAGGUGCAGGGGGGAUGAGAUGAGGAUCGACGUGACGCGACACCAGAGAAGAUUUAGAGGCAAAUUCGAGGAAGGAUGGAGGUGGGAUGGAAGGCCCCACGAGGAGAGGAUAGGGGGGUGUAUAUAAACGACACAGAUGCCAGUGGAGGCUAAGGUCAUGGUCGACAACGGAAAUGGAAAAGGGCUCAUCAACCUUGAUCAGACCACAAUGGGUGGAAGAAUAAAUAACAUUCUAACUUUUUAUGUAUACGCUUAUACAUAGAUAGUAGUACGAACCCGAGUCUUAGAAGUGAUUUAUAACUGGCCGGAGUGUGAUCUGUGACACUUACAACUUGUCCCA